AUGAAAGAGAUCAGAUCACAGUCAGAGGGGGACACAGCAACCAGCUGGAGACUCGCACACGGGCAGGUGACAAGCGCGAGGAAUGAAAAUAGAAAGGGGGAUAAAAAGCGCGGGGCGUAUGUGUCCGUGCAAAUAACCGAGGAUCCCGUUUCUAUCUGGUCUUCUCCGUCAGUAUCGUCACUUCCUCCUCCCUCCACUCCACUCGAGUGGGCCAAACAGACACUCACCGUAGCAAUACCCCUCUACCAAGACCGAGAAAAGGGGGGCAAGAGAUCCAGAGACACCUCAAGGAGGACAGGUGGAAGACGAGCUAGGUGGUUUCACAUCACGCCAUCCCCUUUGGCAACACACUCCCAGCCAGCAGCAGCGUAUUGGGCGUCUACCACCAACCAAUACAGUAGUACUAGCGGGGGGCAUGGCAGAUGGGCAGCAAAGCGGGAGAGACGGGAGAGCGGCCUCGGAAGCGAGGGGAUGACACAAGGGCAGGGCGGACAGAUUAGAAAAGAGGGAGGGAGAUUUGCAAGGAGGCAAAAAGCCGGAGUGGCCUCCAAGCGGCUAAUCGCGCUGCCUGUCUAUUCUACGCACUCUAUCUCACUCUAUCUCUUCCCUUUCAAUUUUCUCCUUUCAUUUAGACCAUUCCCUGUGUUUGUCUUUGUUUCUAUUCAUUCUUACGUCUUCGUUACCGCACUACGCAGCGCCAGUCACUUGCCCUGCAUUGUACUCUACUUGCUUGAACUUUCCGGCGCGUCGUUCUAUAGCCGACCGUCUCCGAUGCUCAGUCACCCACAACAUUGA